GCACUUCGGCCCCGGACGUGGAGUUUCAGGAAGUCGUGACAGACCCAGGGAGCUUCUGCCCAAGAGAGGCCUCGAGCAGUUCUCAGAGCUCCGGGCAGGGGCUCAACGGCGCAGCGUGGAAAGCGUCAGGCGCACAGCAGCUCGUCUUGGCCUUGGCCGACGACACGCCGCAAGCCGAAGUGGCCAAAGGCCCGCACAAAGGAGCGGCAGAUGAAACGGCCAAGACGGUGUUGUCAGUCGUCAAGGCUGCGGCCACGGUCGGCGAUCGGUUAAGGCCCUCCAAGCAGCGCCGAGCACCGAUCGAAUUGGGUAUGGAAGGCGCAAAGCACGGGCAUGUGCCAGGUUGCCUUCGCACUGAGCUCAGCUGGGGCCAAGCAAAUUCAAAGGUGGAGGGCUUCAUGGCACCUUAUCCUGUGACGAGGAUGGGACACCUUUCGACAGGCAGGCUAUCGGUUGCUGGAUUGAUUUCUGAUGUCUGUCCUGUCGGGAGCAGAGAAAACUUGCAUGGAAACGACGGACUUACAAAAGAGGCGGCCCCUGGCAUCCCGAAGAGGGUCCUUAUGAGCUAUCGGAGUCAGGGCUGGGCGGCCAGGACGGCCGGGAGUGCUUCUUUUUUGUGCGUCUCAAACCGUGAGGAGGUGCAGUCUGCCAACAACGUCUCAAGUGCGGCACAGGCCGCACGGGCACUUCAAAUGCCAGUGCCCUGCCAUAACCCAAGCAAGAAAUGGCUGUGGCUGCGAUGGCUGCGCAAGCGGGCUCCGCCUUCCCGAGCACUGAGAAGCCAGGAGAGACGAAAGAACGGAUGGUGGAGGGCCGCUCAGACCGAGUCCGAGCACCUGGAAGCGGCGACCUCGGCCCUGCUAGUCGCCCUGUUGAGGUGA